AUGAGGAGAGGAACCCGCAGCUGCUACGAAUGCAGAAUACGAAAGAUUCGAUGCAUAUUUGCCAAAGACUCCACAGUCUGUGACAGUUGUUCUUCGAGAGGAAAAAGAUGCACCGAGCAAAGGCGGGAACUCCUGCAGGAAGCUGCUCUUGAUAACAGAGAGAGCCUCAGAGCACAGAUUGCGAGGCUUGAGGCUGUCAUCCAAGCUUCGAAAAUUGAUCGGAACGGCGCAGAUGCUGUCCAGACCUCUGAAUACCCAGGGCUCAGUUCACGAGAUAUAGAAAUAAAUGGAAUUAGCGUGGAGUCCUCUUCGUCAUCUACUGUCAGCCAUCCAACACCUACAUCGAUACCGUCUUCCAAUGCUUCUAUCUCGAUUGGCAAGGAUUCUCCCCAGAACAUCGACCCCAUAGUCACACUCUUUGACAAUGCUAUUUGGAGACGACAGAGCUCUGACUUCGCCCAAGAGAGCAGAGUUGAUGAAGCUGGAAAUCCAGGAGCCGCGACAAAACGCAUACGCACUCGCGAAUCACUCCUUUCAGGUCUUGUUUCCUCGGAGCUCCUUGGAAUGAUACUGAGUGCAACUUGCUCCUGGUGGCACACAUGGAGGCCUCUAGGCCCAUGGCUGUCGGCAUCAAUGGGUACUAGAGAGUCUUCAACGCUACAAGAUUUCGCUCUUUGGGCAUUUGAAUCUUCCAAUCCUUCGAUCAUUGGCCUGGCUUUGCUUUGUAUCGCCGUGUGUCUUCAGGAAUUAGACACAAGAGUUCAUCAGUACAUCAUACGCCAGCUUCCCCGUUUGCCAGGGGAACUCUUCCAGGAGUAUUUCGAGAAAGUAGAUCGUCUCAUCUUAAACGAUUCUGAUUAUGCCACUACUGAGGAGGGCAUUGAAGUAACAGUGCUGUCAGCUAAGAUUUAUAUGAAUCUUGGCCUGAACAGGAAAUGUUGGGUUCUUCUCCAUCGAGCGAUCGCCCAUAGUCAGCUGCUAGGAUUUCAUCGCCCAGAGCGACUCUCCGCAGUGGAAACCGAGACAGAAAGACAUCGCCGAAUCAAGUCGUGGCUGUCGUUAUGUUCUGGGGAUGUGUAUACAUCUCUGAUCCUCGGCUUGCCCUAUGCGGCGGACGGGCGUACCAUUCCGGUAACUCAAAGCCAGCACAAUACAACAUCUUUAUUGCAACAUAAUUUGAUUUUGCUAUCAGCCAAAGUUAUCGACAGAAAUCAGAUGGGAUUGAGUCUGUCGGUUUCACGCACUGAAGAGAUCCAAAAGGAGCUCGAAACAGCGACGAAUGGCCUUGACGAAACGUUCUGGAACUCACCAGCUGCAUUGGCCAGCGGGAGGAUCACGCGCGAAGAAUAUCUUGAGCAGCUCUCAGCUCAGUGUUGGUUCUACCAGCUGUUGGUUCUUCUGCACAUGCCACUCAUGAUUCAUUCGGUCGAAGACGCGCAACUCGAAAAGCACCGAACUGCAUGCCUUGACGCUUCUCGAAAUUUACUGAUGAUAUAUCAUACCAUGCGGUCUGAUGCUUUUUCAGCAUUUAGUAUGGUCAAAUUGAUUGACUAUCAGGCUUUCGUAUGUUCCUCCUUGUUGGUGCUUGGGUUGCUUGGAUAUGGGGGCUCUGCGCAUCAGAGCGAAAAUCGAGACAAGGAUCGAGACCUAAUAGGAUUGGCCAUUGCCACACUUCGGCAAGCUUCUGGCACAGUGAAUAAUGUGAUCGCGUCCCAAGCAGUUCAAGGACUCGAGAGUUUGAUGAUGCUGGACCAAGGGGGAUGUUCGCACAAAACAAGAUCUGCAUGUGUGAAUCCCGGCUACGCAAGAAUCGUUGUCCCUCGUAUAGGGACCAUUACGAUAUUGCCCGGGGAAUAUUAUACUGGAUCGCGGCCUGAAUCCAUGCCACAUUGCAUCAAUCCUCCCCCGCGGAGUUCGGGCCUGGUCAAUCAAGCUCCUACGCUGGCAUCAAAUACUGGAUUCGAUGAUGGGCAAGCACGCGGUCUAGAAUAUGGGAAUAGCAUGUAUCCGGAGCUGCCAUCUAUUGAUUUUGAUUGGACGAGCACAAUAACGCCAAAUUUUGAGGAUGAUUGGGCAUGGCUAAAUGAUCUGAAUUAUUGA